GGGUAUGGCGUCCAUGGCGGCGGCGAUCGCGGCCUCUCGCUCGGCGGUCAUGAGCGGGAACCGGCCUCUGGACGACAGGGAACGGAAGCGCUUCACCUACUUCUCGUCGCUGAGCCCCAUGGCCAGGAAGAUCAUGCAGGACAAGGAGAAGAUCCGCGAGAAGUACGGGCCCGAGUGGGCGCGGCUGCCGCCAGCGCAGCAGGACGAGAUCAUUGACCGGUGCCUGGUGGGGCCGAGAACCCCUACUCCCCGCGACCCCGGGCACCCCGGGGACUCCGAGGACCUUGAGCGCUUUCCCGGCCUGCGCGGGCCCACGGGCCAGAAGGUGGUGCGCUUCGGGGACGAGGACAUAACUUGGCAAGAUGAGCACUCUGCCCCUUUCUCCUGGGAAACAAGGAGUCAGAUGGAGUUCAGCAUCUCCUCCUUAUCCAUCCAAGAACCCAGCAGCGGCACAGCCACCAACGAGCUGAGGCAGCUGCCCAAAGCUUCUCAGGGUGCCCAGGCCCCCCGGUCCUCCCAGGGCAGCAAGUCCUCCAGCCUGGAUGCUCUGGGGCCUUCCUGGAAGGACGAGGAGGCGUCCUUCUGGAAGAUCAAUGCCGAGCGGUCCCGGGGAGAUGGGCCUGAAGCCGAGUUCCAGUCACUGACCCCCAGCCAGAUCAAGUCCAUGGAGAAAGGCGAAAAGGUCUUACCUACCUGCUACCGGCAAGACCCGGUCCUGAAGGACAGGGAGGCCAAGGUGGAAAGGCCAGGCAACCCCCGCCAGGAGCAGCGUGUCCUCCCCAGUGUCAUUGCUGAGCAGGACAGGCCCCAGCCCGCCCAGGCCUCCACCAGCGUGUUGAACGAAGCCACCCCCUCUGGACCUGCGCUGAAGCUGCCCUCUCCUGACGCCAGGCGGAAGGACGUGGAGGACGUGGAGGACACUCUGUUCGCAGACCCUGUACCUGCACAGGUCAGCUCAAGUAAUGUCGUCUUGAAGACAGGAUUUGAUUUUCUGGACAAUUGGUAAAACGUGUUAGACAAAAAAUUGAAGAAAACCGAGAACCCUAAAGUGUUUUCCAAAGCGGUGAGGUGGAGGGGAUCACAAGGGCAGUAUUUCCCUGGUUUUUGUGUCCUUUUAGUCAUUUGGAAACUGCUAAAUAUUGCCCUGUGCAGAUUUUCCCCCUUUUGGUGAGAUAAGAUAUCAUGCUGUUUUCAGUGAUUUGAUAAUAGAAAUUUUUACAUUUGGAAUUUUUAAAGACUACACUAGGAAUUCAGUAAAGCUUGUAAAUAAAACUCCUGUUCCCAGCUCCACCUAAUUUUCCUGAACCCUCGUCAGUGAAAAUAUUUUCUCAGCCAUCACAAAAAUUGUCAACGUGAUUUUAGGAUUUGUUUCUUCCUUUUUAACUGUAUGGACUUAUCUUUUAUGGGUGAUGGUUGUCGAUAUCCUCAGCAAUAAUGGCUUGGCGAGCUGACUGGGACCAAGGCAAGCUCUGUACCCCACGAAGUCUCACCCAUGGCUCCCAGCUGCCCAGGGCUUCCCUGGCUGAAGCCAGUUCCCUCCAAUUAUGUGCCAUCUCUUGUCAUUUCCAGGAAACAGACUGUUGGCACAUGGCAGACUGUCUUUAAGCUGCCCUGCUAGUUAUUCAAACUAUUCAUUGUUUAACAAGAGUUGCAUGUUUAACCAUUUUGUAUUAACUUUUCAUUAUUUUGUAUCUAGAUUUAGCAGGGGUAGGGCUCCCCCUUUUCUUGAGUUUCCGUUUGGAAGUUCUUGGCUACUCACGAAGAUUGUGAGUGGCCCUGUCCCAGCCGUCGGCAGGUGCGACAGAAAAACCAGCUCUUCUGUUUAGCAGCAUUAGAACCCUCCAGUGUGGGACUGGAGGGGCAGAAGACAUCCUUCAUCCCAAGGACUGGUCAUGCUGCAUCAUGAUGGACCCUCCCCCAAACCUGCCCACCAGCAGAAGCAGAAGAGUUGAGUUUCUACUGUGCCCCUGCUUCACCCCUUGAAGAUGCUUAUGGCACAGCAGUAGCGCCUUCUAGAAUGGGACUUCUUCACCCACCGUGGCCCUGGUGCUGUGGUGGUGGGGCAGCACGGGGCAGGCGGGGAGCAUGCCGGCCUGACCCUGGCAGCCGGUGCCCGUCCGUGGAUCCUGAGUUCUGUGAGCCCGCAGGACGACCCCAGGCGUGAUCCUCAUGUUGCCUCUCACUGUGUUCUCCUCACCUGAAGCCUUAAUCCCUGAAUCCUGCCAUGAGCGCCUAGUUUCGAUAUCAAAGUGUGUCUUUUUGAAAUGCCUUUCUGUUUCAUAGGACCUGAAAUAAUUUCUAGAAUAUUUUCCCUGGCUCCAUGGUAUCACACAUACAAUUUUUACCCCCCAGGACAGUUUCUGCUAAUGCAAGGGCUUAAGCCAACAUGUGGAUUGGUUCCUGCCAGUUGCCUGAUGUCCCCAAACCUUAUUUGGUCCCUUGGCAUCCUGGACAUUACUUUCCUCCUUUGUUAACUGACUAGUUCAUGACAAAUACAGGUUUUUUUUUUUCUGUCCCACUUAAGUAGAAUUGAGACAUGUAAGGGAAAAGAGUUUGUAGCAUGGUGGUGAGGGUGGAAAAGGUACCUAGAAAUCCCAGCUGGAAUGGCCCACCCAGAGGGUAUCACCCCAGAGCCUCUGUGCCUCCAAGCUGGCUUACCACCUGACUUUCAAGGGCAUAGAUGUCUUUGGCUCCAUGCUGGAAAACAUGGACCCUGUGGUCCUUCAAAAAAAGAUGUGCAGAUGUGAGCUUCAUCUGUGGAGUUGGUAUAGCAGGGAGAAAGAUGUGCAUCUGGACCGUUCCCUCCCAGGUGAUGUGUCAGGCCUUUUGAAAGAACAUUCUCAUUUCUUGCCCCUUCUCAGAAACCCCAAUAGUCCCUCAGGUUCUCCUGGGAGCUGAGGGGGUGAGAGAUGAUCAAAGCUUCAGCUACCCUUACUACCCUUUGGGGUCCCGUAUCCAUGGUGUUUAGUGAUCUGUUAUAAUGGUGCUCAGAUUUUCACAGUGGCACCAUCUCCUGAGAUUAAAUGUGAAAGUAAAAGUUGGGAAAUGCUGGAGAGACCCCAGAAUCAUGGCGUUUUGCUCUGCCUUUGGAAAUCAAGGAAUACGAGAGGGAUAGGACCUGGAGGCCAUGGGCUCGUGGGCCUCCACCCUGCCUGACCUGUGUGUUCUCCUCUUUUUGGAGACUGGCCCUGUGGGGUGGGCCCUUCCCCAUCCUCCUGGGAGGUUAUGUGAACGGUGUCCCAAGCAGGGAAAAUUUAAAUUUUAACACUCGCUGUUUCUCCUUCCCCAGUCUCCCCUCCCCCAAUAUAUCAGGGUAGCAUUUCUGAAACCAGAAGUUUACAUAUACAAUUUUUAAAAACACACUUUUCAGCUGAAGCUUGCAUGUGUUGGUUUGGGAUUCUCCCCCACCCCUUGCAUCUGGGAUUCAGCUCAAGGAUUCAAUGUCCUGCUUUGGGUGACUAUAUUUUGCAAAAUCACCCCCAGGAAGGCAGAAAACCAGUCUCAGUUCUUUCACCCUCUGGGUUUGGGGAGUGCCACUCUCCAUGGUAACAAGGGAGGGGUCUCUGGGCCUGCACCCCUCCCCGUGGAUGUCAGCAUCCUCCUUCUCUUUGAUAUACCUUUUCAAGAUGAUAAAUUCUUAUUACUUGUAACUUGGUUGUAUUUUAUAUUAAUAGCCUUAAAUAAAGCCAUUU